GAACUUGCUCUUGGUGCGGCAGAGCAGCAGAGAACUUUUCCACACCCGGACGCCACGGUUCCUGCAACACAGGACCACUAUUGCCUCUUCACAUCCUACCCGAGAGAGCAGAAAGGUGACCUCUGAGGAUCUGAUAGUUUUAUGGGAAGCAAAAAGGUGGAGUUCGCAGCUUCUUUCUUUAACUGGACUAGCUCCGAGCUCCUCUCCACCUCUCCCCCCAACAACCGGGCUUUUCACCAACGCGCAAGCGCACUUCCUGCCGUCCGCGCCGAGGCUGGGCCGACUCUCUUGUCUCGCGUGAGUGGGGCCGGCCGGUCUUCCUUGCUCUCGCUCCACCCCCUCCUCCUCGCUCGCUCUCUCCCAUCCCCCCAAGCCAGUCGCUCUGCUGCGCAGCUCCCUUAGCGGUUGCCGCCGCCGGAGACGGUUGGAAGAACCGUUGUGGGAGCGCUGCACGAGGCGAGCGACUUCUCCCUGCUCACGACCGGACCUCGCGAGCACCGGAGUCGGCGCUACUGUCGCCCGACAGGGUAUCUGAAGUAAAAGGGGCAUUUAAAUCAAACGGUAUUGAGAUGGAUUGGGUUAUGAAACAUAAUGGUCCAAAUGACGCUAGUGAUGGGACAGUACGACUUCGUGGACUGCCAUUUGGUUGCAGCAAAGAGGAAAUAGUUCAGUUCUUUCAAGGUAUAUUGAGAUCUUCAGAAGUAGCAGGAGUGAAAUCAAAGGAUUUUAUGAUCCACCAAGAAGAUUGCUGGGCCAGCGACCGGGACCAUAUGAUAGACCAAUAGGAGGAAGAGGGGGUUAUUAUGGAGCUGGGCGUGGAAGUAUGUAUGACAGAAUGCGACGAGGAGGUGAUGGAUAUGAUGGUGGUUAUGGAGGUUUUGAUGACUAUGGUGGCUAUAAUAAUUAUGGCUAUGGAAAUGAUGGCUUUGAUGACAGAAUGAGAGAUGGAAGAGGUAUGGGAGGACAUGGCUAUGGUGGAGCUGGUGAUGCAAGCUCAGGUUUUCAUGGUGGUCAUUUUGUACAUAUGAGGGGAUUACCUUUCCGUGCAACUGAAAAUGACAUUGCUAAUUUUUUCUCACCACUAAAUCCAAUCCGAGUGCAUAUUGAUAUUGGAGCUGAUGGCAGAGCAACAGGAGAAGCAGAUGUAGAGUUUGUGACACAUGAAGAUGCAGUAGCUGCCAUGUCUAAAGAUAAGAAUAACAUGCAACAUCGAUACAUUGAACUCUUCUUGAAUUCAACUCCUGGAGGCGGCUCUGGAAUGGGAGGUUCUGGAAUGGGAGCCUAUGGCAGAGAUGGAAUGGAUAAUCAGGGAGGCUAUGGAUCUGUUGGAAGAAUGGGAAUGGGGAACAAUUACAGUGGAGGAUAUGGUACUCCUGAUGGCCUGGGUGGUUAUGGCCGUGGUGGUGGAGGCAGUGGCGGUUACUAUGGGCAAGGUGGCAUGAGUGGAGGUGGAUGGCGUGGGAUGUACUGAAGCAUAACCACCGAUACAGAAGUCCUGACAACAGCAUCUGGUCUACUAGACUUUCUUACAGAUUUAAUUUCUUUUGUAUUUUAAGAACUUUAUAAUGACUGAAGGAAUGUGUUUUCAAACUAUUAUUUGGUAAAGCAACAGAUUGUGAUGGGAAAAUCUGUUUUCUGUAGGUUUUAUUUGUUGCAUACUUUGACUUAAAAAAAUAAAUUUUUAUAUUCAAACCACUGAUGUUGAUACUUUUUAUAUACUAGCUACUCCUGAGGAUGUGCUGCUUUCAUAAGAUUUGGGUUGAUGUAUUUUACUAUAGCUCUACAAGAAGUAGUUUAGUGUAAUCUUAGAGGACAGUGGUUCACCUCUGCAUAAACUACAAGUCUUAAUAAGCAGACAUCUAGAAUAGAGCUUGGAAAAUAAUUAGUGUAACUCUAAUUUCUCCUUGACAAUACUGUAAAUAUAAAACCUUAAAGAUGAGUUUAGAUGGCUUCAGGAGUAUAAAUUCAGCUAAUUAAUUCUAUAUUAUUCUUUUUCAAAAGUCAUUUAUCAGGCAUAGCUCUGAAAUGUUAAUGAUCUAAGAGGUAUCUGGAUAUAUGAAUAUUCACAAUUGUGUUACCUGCAGAUGGGAGUGUUGAAAGUUUAAAUUCUAGCCCUAGAUUUUAGAAUAAAUCCCCUCAGCACUUGACUGACGUACCAAAAAAAUGUUUCCCAAAAGUGAUAGUUUAAGUUCUCAAAAUGUAUUAGACUAAGUUAAGGUUCUCAGUGACAUGAGAAUUCAGUGCAAGUACAAAGAUAUUUACCAUGGAGUAUAAUUAAUUCUCACAGAUGUAUUUUCAGUUUCCAGCCCAAUAGUUAAAGCAUAUGGUUUUUUAAUAACUGUAUAGAUGACUACUUUAAAAAAAAUGUAAGACACAAGUCCAUGUCUUGAGAGUCUUGCGAUUGGAUUUUGCAUCUGAUAUGUUUGGAGUUUUAGAGCCAUUGUGUUAAAAAAUUAUUAUAUGUAGCAAGGAAAAGGUGCUUUUUUACUUUUAAUCCCUUUGAUCAAUAUGGCUUUUUUCCAAAUUGGCUAAUGGAUCAAAAUGAAACCUGUCAAUGUGAAUUCAGUUAUUGAACUUGUUACUUGUUUUUGCUAGAAAUGUUAUUAAUGUAAUAAAUAUCAUUGUGGAAGA